AUUUUUAUUAUAUUCAGGCAUUUGGUAGGAACCUAAAUCCGCGUGCGUCUACAAGGUUGAGGACCCAAAAUGUCUAUGCUAGCUGAACCCCGAAGGAAGCAAAAGUGGUCGGUUGACCCCCGAAACAGCACCUGGAGCAAAGAUGACUCUAAAUUUGGCCAGAAGAUGCUGGAGCGGAUGGGUUGGUCCAAGGGCAAGGGACUGGGAAGGAGUGAGCAGGGUUCUACAGAACAUAUCAAAGUAAAACUUAAAAACAACAACCAUGGGCUCGGAGCCAGUGCAAGUCAUGAGGAUAACUGGAUCGCUCACCAAGAUGACUUCAACGAACUUCUUGCUCAGUUGAACAGCCACCAUGGUCAAACCCCCAGCAGCGAAGCUCCAUCCGAAGAGAAAAAGAGUUUCAGCUUAGAAGAGAAAUCCAAGACUUCUAAAAAGAGAGUCCACUACAUGAAAUUUACCAAAGGAAAAGAUCUGUCCUCCCGAAGUGAAACAGACCUUAACUGUAUCUUUGGGAAGAGGUCGAGACUGGAAAAAGAUCAAGAGCAGGAGAGCAGCAGCAGUGCCUCCCAAAGUGAAAUUGAGGAAAAUGGGACGUCAAGUGCCGUGGAGCUGGACACAGAGUCCAUCACCAAGACGGUGACCAGUACUCUCACCAUGCAGGAGUACUUUGCCCAGCGAAUGGCUCAGCUGAAGAAGAAUCGUGGAAACCACAGCGCAGUACUUCCAGCGAACUCUGAGACUCAGGAAGAGCUUACUGCAGGCCACACCGACGAUGCAGCAGAAGAGCCCAAAAAGAAAAAGAAGAAGAAAAAGAAGAAUAAGGAGCUUGUUGAGGAGGUGGUAGACGAGGAGAGCAGCUCAUCUGUCGUCAUUAAGGACAAAGAAAACCAGGAGAGAAAGGGUUCAAGGAAGAGAAAGACAGAAGGUCUAAAUGACACAGAUGAAAAGGACGGCUCCGCAGAUGUAGAGUUAAACUCAGAACACCUGUCUUCUUCUAAGAAAAAAAAGUCAAAAAAGAACAAAAAAGAGGAGCCGAUAAAUAGUUGUGAUUCCCCUGAAAGUGUGGAGAUCGUACAAACGAAGGAACAGGACUGUUUAGUUAUAGAGAGUGAGGCGGAGCAGGUGGAGAAAAAAUCCAAAAAGAAGAAAAGAAAGAGGCAAAAUCAAGAUUAGGAGGAUGAAGAUAAAAUGAGACAUUCUUCACCUUCAAUGUUUAUUCCUGUUUCCACAUGUAUGCAGCAAAUACAUUAAGAGAAAUCCUGUCAAUCAGGAGUUUAUGGCUAAUAUGAUAUGAUCUCAAAUAUAAAUGCAUCAAUCUGUCGUUUUUU